AUGAAUCGUAUGAGGCGGGUGCUGGAGGGGCUAGCGGGGGGGGUGGAGGUGGCGGUGGAGGCGGCGGAGGGAGUGGGGGUGGCGGUGGGAGUGGUGGCGGGGGUGGGGGCUUCGGUGGCGGCGGUGGAGGCGGAGGCGUUGGCGGCGGUGCCGAUGGGAGCGGAGGAGGAGGCGAUGGCGGCGGUGGCGGAGGUGGCGGCGGCGAAGGUGUCGGGGUGGCUCUGCAUUGUGGGGCGGCUUCGGUGGUGGGCAGCGCCAGCAGCAGCAGCAGCGCACUCGUGA